UGUGUGUAAAACAACUUUCCCACUCGCCCCGUGUUUCACAUCACUCUCCGUCUGCUUUGCAGUGGAGAAAAACUGCAUUUUCUUGUGCUGUUUUCCUGUGGGAUAUUUUAUUUUGUGAAUACGGUGUAGGAUGAAGUUCGUUCUGGUGGUCUUAUCCGUCCUGCUGGUCUGCACAUUGCUUCUUCAGCUCGCAAUGGGCCAGAAGGAGCCGAAACCAGCAGGAGAUAAGAAGCUGAAUGAAAAGGUGAAGGUGAAGGUGAAGAAAGAGGCUGAGAAGAAGAACAAGAGCACAUUAAUCAAAAUUAAAGCCACACCCCCAACCAAGCCACCAAGUCCUACAGCAGCUCCGGCUUACCUGAAUCGAGUUGUAGGAAAGGGAAAGUUUGAGAAGGUCGGAAAAACUUUGUCGGUACAUGCAGGAGAUACAUUAGAGCUAAGGUGUAAAGGCAGUCGUGUGCAGUGGGAUGUCCCGGCUUACCUGCAGGAGGACGAUGAAGGACGACUCAGGAUGGUGCAGCACGAGCGAUACAGCGUGCUGAUUUUAACCAAUUCGUCAGGAGCUGAUACAGGAGAGUACACCUGCUACCCACUGUACUGUGAGGACUCCGAAUGCAGGAAAGAGUACGAUAAAGCCCUCAAAGUCUUCAUCUUUUUCCCUGACCCUCAGGAGCUCUUCGUGCCAUCGUCGGAUUAUUACGAAGUGAUCCAUCUCAGAAGUAACUGGCCGACAGUUUUGCCGUGUCAGGUCACGACCCCGCAGGCCAAAGUCACCCUGCACCGCGAGUUCCCACCCAUGGAGGUGAAGGUGGACGGAUCAGAGAUCUCAUACGACUUGACGCGUGGGUUCACCAUCCACAGGCCCAGAGCACAUCACGCCGGCUCUCUGUACUGCAUGGCCAGCGUGGGGAACCUGCGACAGAGCUCCAUCAAGUACAUGCUCAUUUACGUUAACUACCCGGCUGCACCUCCUGUGCCUGCGAUCCAGGCCUCAGCUUCCUCUGUGGCUGUGGGUGUGAACCUGCAGCUCUCCUGUACUGUCGUGGGAGAACAAGACGUAGCGGUGGACUUCACAUGGGAGUAUCCUGGACAGAAGAUUGGCCGUCCCCUCUACACUCAGGAGACUGCCCAGACGGUACAGGUGGAUGGACGCAGCCGACAGCGUUCACAGUCAGUCCUACAGGUGGAUGAAGUGAGGAAGGUGGACGAGGGAACCUACACCUGCACAGCUCAGAACCUGCAGGGCUCACGCUCCGCCUCCACCCAUGUCACUGUGCUAAAGAAACCACACACAACCUGAGAGCUUCACCAGUUUCGCAACUCAUCAUUCACUGGAUACAAAAGCCAUGUUAGAUGUGUAAGUGCUUAAUGUAGCCUGUAAAUAAACCUCAAACCAACUAUAUUAUGUUUAAAUAUAGUUAUUAAAACAUAUUUAAAUAAAUCACAGGCGUAGACAAAACUAACAAAAUGGAGUAAAACACAAAGAACAAAAAAAGCAUAACGUGAAACAUGGAACAUGAAUCACAAUGAAAAUUAUGGACUGACAAAUGAAAGAUUGCAGUGAACAACAAGGUACACUAUAUAGGCAAAGGUUUGCGUACACCUGAUCAUAAGAUGGAUAUGUGCUUCUUUUUAAACAUCACAUUCUGUAUUUAGUUCCCAUUUGCGCUUAUAAUAACCUCCACUCUUAUGGAAAGAUGUGCCACUAGAUUUCAGAGUGUACUUGUGAGAUUCAUUUAGACACAAGAGGUCAGAAAUUUAUGGCAGAAGAUCUUUCAUUCCAACCCAUGUAAAGCAUAUCUUUAUAGAGCUGACUUUGUGCACAGGGGCAUUGUCAUGCUGGAACAGCUUUGGGUCUCCUAGUUGCAGUGAAGGGAAAAAUCUCACUUUACUGCAUCCAGACAUCCUGUACAAUUGUGUGCUUCCAAAUUUUUGGUAACAGGUUUGGAGAAGAAUCACAUAUGGCUGAAAAAGUUAGGUGUGCCAAUACUUUUCUCCAUAAAUUGUAUAUUUUGUUGCCGUUAGUAUCCAAACACUGAGGUAAUAACUGUAUUAAUGCUGAACCACCAGCAGAGGGAGACAGAGCUCUGUAUCGUGAUUGGUACUUUUAAAGAUCGGUUCCUCGAUAGUUCUUUGAUUCAACUGUAUAAUCGGCUUCCAGUGGAUUUUUUUUUAUUAAUAGAAACCAAAGAAGACUUUAAUAAACCAUUUUAUAUAACAAGUUAUAUUCUAAAUAAUCACUGUUUUUCUGUCUUCCUUCAGACUUUUUUGUGUGGACCUUCUCUUCUUCUCAUUUUAUACAACAGCACUGUUUGAUUUCUCAUUUCGGAUUGGUCAGAAGAUGUUGAUUAGUUUUCUGCAAUCACGAUUGGGAUUGUGCUUACUGUCAAAAGGAAUAAAACACUUUAGGGUAUGAAGUCUUUGGAAAAUAUUCAGUCAGAAAAUGGUCACCCCGUUAAUUGUUUUCCUAUCACAUCUUACCAUGGAGUGGUUGUCUUUAUGUAGUGCACAAAAAUUACAAUUAAAAUAUAGA